AGUCGCGGGACUCGGCGAAAGGCAGAAUUCUGACGGACGGCGCAGGAAAUGGUUUUCUCUCCUUUAGCGCUGCGGUCGUGUUGGUGGAAUGAGAGGCUCGGCGGGACUGCAGGCUUACUCGAGCAGCGGGAGAAGGUCUAGUCCCUGGGGGUUGGUCCCCGGGCUCGCCUCGGUCCCUCAGCCCGGGGAAGUCGUACCCUCUGAGUGACACGGGAGGAAAGGAGGGCUUCGCCAGGUCCCACUCAACACUCCUCUGUCUUCCCCCUCCUCUCCUUGACAAUGGAUGUCACAGAUGCCUUUCAGGCCAGUGUGAACUCCUCCUAUGGGACCCCUGUCCACUCUGUAAAUGAGGAGGAUAAGGAGGAAGGCCCGGAUGACGUGUCGGACGGCACUGCCCUGCUGGCCGACGAGCAUCCAGCCGGUCCCCUGGUGGUCCGCCACCGCCCCGAAGACACCUACAACAUGGUUUACAUUAUCUUCUUCCUCCUGGGUAUCGGCUCUCUGCUGCCCUGGAACUUCUUCAUCACCGCCAAGCACUACUGGAUGUACAAGCUGGGAAAUGAGUCUGACCCUGAAGGCCACGGAGAGUCACACUCUGAGCUCAGUGACUACUUUGAGAGUUACCUGGCCAUUGCCUCCACUGUGCCUUCAGUGCUCUGCCUGGUGCUCAACUACCUCCUGGUCAACAGGUUGUCCCCCUCCGCACGGAUCAUCUCCUCGCUCGUCGUCAUCCUGGCCGUGUUCGUCGUCACCACGGCCCUGGUCAAGGUGGACGUGUCGGGCUGCCGGACCGAGUUCUUCUCGGGAACCUUAGCCUGCGUGGCACUCGUCAGCGGGGCCUCCAACCUGUUCUCGGGCAGCAUCUUUGGAAUCAGCGGUCACUUCCCCAUGAGGAUCUCCCAGGCUCUCAUAUCUGGCCAAGCGAUGGGAGGCACUCUGAGUGCAGUGGCUUCCAUAGUGGACCUGACGGUGGCCAACGAUGUGACGGACAGCGCUCUGGCGUACUUCCUCACCGCUGAUGUCUUCACCCUGCUCUGCAUUGCUUUGUACCUCGUCCUGCCCAAGCUGGAAUAUUCACGGCACUACAUGUCAGCAGGGGCAUGCUGUGGUGCCGGGAUCCUUUCCGAUGGUGCGUUCGGAAACGGGGACAGGCCUCCGGGACCUGAAAAUGGGGGGUCCGCCCCCCCCCUGAAGCCCAUCCUGAAGAAGACAUGGACGCUAGGCUUCUGCGUGUUCUACGUCUUUUUCAUUUCCAUAAUCGUCUUCCCAGCUGUAUCGUCGGGCAUCCAGUCGGUGCACCAGGACUCCGGGAGCCCUUGGACUACCACCUACUUUGUGCCACUCACCAGCUUCUUCCUGUAUAACGCAGCAGACUUCUGCGGCCGGCAGGCCACGGCCUGGCUUCAGGCACCAGGCCCCACCAGCCCGCUGAUGCCCAUACUGGUCCUUUUGAGGACUGUCCUGGUGCCUCUCUUCAUGUUCUGCAACUACCAGCCUCGUGACCACAUGCAUAUGGUUCUCUUCAGCCAUGACCUCUUCCCCGUGGUGUUUGUCUCGGUGCUGGGCCUCAGCAACGGCUACCUGGGUACCCUGCCCAUGAUUUAUGGGCCCAAAGUGGUCUCAAGAGAGUUGGCAGAGCCCACUGGAGUGGUCAUGUCCUUCUUCCUCACACUGGGCUUGGCAACUGGGUCAGCCUUCUCCGUGCUUGUUGUCCACUGCAUCUGACAGAACGGCAGGGCUUGCGCCCACCUCGUAGUCCAAACAGAGUACAGGUGGUCCCCGAUUUACGACGGUUCGACUUAGGAUUUUUUUCGACUUUACGACUAUG